CUUUUUCCCGUUGCUUUGGGCUUAAUUUGGGUUUUGUAAUUUUCUAGGUUCAACGAAAAAUAAAAAUAAAAAUAAAAAUCUCGCGAUUAGAUUAGUAGGUUGUUCUCAGAAAAUUUAAAAAAAGCGCGUGCUUGGAGUGGCUUAUUCUGAUUGUGAGUGCUGAAAAACUCAGAUAGAGAAUCUUCAGUCUUCAAAGAGAGCAAGCUCAUAAAGAUGUCUGUAAUUCCGCCUUCUACUCCAAGGAGAUUCGAAGCAACACAUGUCGCUCCAAGGAAGCCUCAAGUUCUGCUUGCUGCUUGCGGAUGUGUAGCUGCUGUAAAAUUUGAAGUCCUUUGCAAAUGUUUCUCACAGUGGGCGGAAGUAAGGGCAGUUGUCACGAAAGCCUCUCAGAAAUUUGUUACUGAAUUUCCCAAAUCUGUGCCUGUAUAUACUGAUGAGUAUGAAUUGCUUAGUUGGAGAAGAUUGGGUGAUCCAGUUCUUCAUAUUGAUCUUGCUAACUGGGCUGAAAUCAUGGUCAUUGCCCCAUUAUCAGCAGAUACUCUUGCUAAGAUUGCUGGAGGGUUCAGUAACAAUUUGCUCACGUGUGUUGUAAGAGCUUGGGACUACAGCAAGCCACUCUUUGUUGCACCAUCCAUGGGAACUUCAACAUGGAAAAACCCUUUCACUGAUCAGCAUCUCGCUGCCAUUAAUGACCUUGGAAUGAAUAUCAUCCCCCCACAGAAGACAGCUUCGGGGCAUACCACUGGAGCCAUGGCUGAGCCUGAAAGUAUCUACUACAAUGUGAGGUUCUACUAUAAUGCAAAGAUGCAGAAGAAACCGGGUUAAGUUUGGCAUUUAUGUUGAGAAAUGUGGGUGUAAA